AUGGGAAUGCCGCCAUUAGGACUCUCGUGUUCGCUUACGAAUACCUCUUUUGUAAAAACUAAAAGUAAGAAUGAAGCACCAACUUCAACUGACAAUGCAAGUGCUGAAUGCCACUCACUGAAAAAGGACAAACUGUUAAAUGAGACCAGCAAACAGCAAAAAAACGAAGACGAUUCAGUGAUCGUCAUUAGUGUAUCAGAUUCCGCGGGUGAUGUAACUGAAGGACGGAAAACAACCUUGGAGACCCCUUUAACAAUAAACAAGUUCGUCAACAAAAUUACAUGCAACUCAACACCUUUGGCAAAGAAAUCACUGGACUUUAGCAGUCAAAACGCUGACAAUGAUCCUGAAGAAACCAUCUGCCCAAGCGCAGUGGUGGUUGCCAAAACUACGCAGGAAAGGGAGUUUAUUUCACAAUGUGCGGGAAUGCAACGUCGGAGAGCGAAGUUCUGUGUGGCUGGCUCGUGCCUCAUGGCCAGCCAGCAGGCAAUGUUGAAACAGCUCUGCUUUCAGAUGAACUGGACGUACGUCGACAAGUAUACUAAGGACUUGACUCAUCUGGUAGUUGGGGUGGAUAAAGAGAAUAGAUCGCAGAGAUCUGUAAAAUACAUGUGCGCCUUGGCAAGCUCAAAGUGGAUCGUUACAUUUGCGUGGGUGGAAAAGUGCCUUUCGGACAAUGGGUUCGUAGACGAAGAACCCUUCGAGGCGCUGGACGCGAUGGGCGAGCCGGCCCCGCGCCGCUCGCGCCUCGCCAAGACCAAACUGCUGCAAGGCAUCACGUUCUACUGCAUGGGACCAUUCUCUAUCAUCGGUAUCGACACCCUGAAGGAUGUCCUGGAGGCGGCGGGCGGGCGCGUGGUGGACGACCCGCGCGACCUGCAGGCUUGCAGAGCGCCCGCCAUGCUGCUGGCCGAGCCCGGGAACACCCAGGAGAGCCGAUUCACAUAUCUAGCUAUGGAAUUAAAAAUCGUGCCGAUGAACUACGAAUGGGUACUCAUCUGCUUGGGCACGUACACUCUGAAGCCUAUAUUUGAUCUUUUGCUGUGUCCGGCCACGCUGCUACCAUCAGCCAUUUCUAGCUGGCCGUCUGAAUUAAUAUCGUCUUGUGAUGACGAAGAAUAA